AGAUGAAACGUGCAGAGCAGCUUGUAUGGAUGAAGGAAUACUCCGUAACAACAAAUAGGAGACACCCCCCCCCCACACGUUCUGUCCUGCAUAAUGAGUGUGUUAGAGAGACCUCCGACUUCACCCUCUCACAUCCACUGCCCCCUGACUGACUGUUGCAUUAUUUAUGAAGUGGGGAUGUGCGCUGUGCUGUGCUGUAUGUCCUGAUGUACAUUUCCAUUCAAGCAGACGGCGAAGUCUCAGCUGCUGCCUGCAUGUUACAUCCAUUACGGUAUUUCACAGCUAUUUACCAGGGGAGCAGAGGAGCCUGACGGAUGCAGAGAUAAAGAGGAGGGAGAGGAAAAGGGAAGCACAGAUUGCUGCAAAUCCGGCAGCAGUGGCCUCAUUCUCACCACAGCAAAGCCUCAGAUAUUUCAGUCAUCCUCCGCAUCAUGCUGAGGAAGGGCUCGGAGGUGGUGAGGGGUGACAGAGAAGUCCUCCUGGAUCUGGACUAUGGGGGUGAAGCACAAACCACGGAGAGCUAUGGGAGUCUGCACAACGGGGGCUUCAUCCCACCGAGAUAUCUUUCAGCUACAGCUGCAGAUGACGAUGAAGAUAUGGCUGGUGGUGAUGAUCCCAUUUAUAUUCACUGUAAUACAAGAAGUAACCAGCCCCUUCCACAGCUGGGGAAUUACUUCAGAGAUGGAAGAACUAAAAUUGACUUUGUACUGGUGUGGGAGGUCCGCUCGAGGAGGAAGCGGCGAGGGAAGGGGACGAGUGAGGCGCCCAGCGAGGAGGGGGGAGCCGUGGCCACCGAGGAGAGCAGCAGGUCCGAGCGGAGGAAAGCACAGUUGGCACAGUGGAGGGAGAAGUUUGUCCAGAAUCUGACGAGUGUUGGACUGCUGAUGGAGAAGGAGGAAACAGCGAAUGAAAAGAAAACGAUUCACUUUCUGAAACUCAGUGCUCCCUGGGAUGUGAUGGUGUAUUACGCUGAGGAACUCUGUCUGAGAGCUCCGCUGCAGGCGCAGCCACAUCUGGACUUAAACACAUCUGCUCAGGUCCUGAGUAGACUAUGCAUUCCUAAUGUAAUGACUGAGGCGGUGCCAAACAGGCCUCUGGACUAUUACACAUGUGCCUUUCGCAAGUCAAAGAUGAACAGAUUCCUUGGCUGUGACGAACAUGAAACCUACUUCACUAACACACAGAGACACCGUGUCGUGUACGAGAUCCUCGCCAGGACGGUUUACGGCAGAAAGAAGAGGGCAGAAGUAGGUGUGGACAGACUGAUAAAUGAAGGGGCGUACACUGCAGCUUUCCCCCUGCAUGAGGGCCCUUUUCAGCUCCCGAAGUUUGAGAUCCGUCCUGACGAGCUGAACCAGAGGCAGGUUCUUUACCACUACUGGGCCCGCUGGUGGAGAUGGUACAAGUACCAACCACUGGACCACAUCAGGGAGUACUUUGGGGAGAAGAUUGCACUGUACUUCGCCUGGCUGGGUUUCUACACAGCGUGGCUGCUGCCGGCGGCUGUGGUGGGAACCCUGGUCUUUGUGUCUGGAGUCAUGUCCAUGCAUACCAACGCACCAGCGAAAGAAAUCUGCACCAGCGGCGCCUCUUACCUGAUGUGUCCUCUCUGUAACACAUGCAAGGCCUGGAACAUGUCUGAGAUCUGCACCAUGGCUCAGUUGGGAUACCUGUUCGACCACCCAGGUACAGUCUUCUUCAGUGUGUUCAUGUCCUUCUGGGCCGUGACCUUCCUGGAGUACUGGAAGAGAAAGAUGGCCACCCUGGCCCAUCACUGGGACUGCAUGGACUUCCACGAAGAAGAGGAACGUCCUCGGCCAGAGUUCGCAGCCAUGGCCCCAACGAUGGAGCAGAAUCCAGUGACUGGGGUCAAAGAGCCCUACUUCCCUGAGAAGACCAGGCUGUCCCGCAUGUUCACCGGCUCCAUGGUCAUCAUCAUGAUGCUCUGUGUGGUGAUGAUCUUCCUGGUGACGGUGGUCAUGUGCCGCGGUAUCAUCAGCGUGAUGAUGUUUCAUACCGGGAGCCCCGUCCUGCGAACAGAGGCAGGGACCAUCGCCAACAUCUCCAGCAGUAUUGUAAAUCUGGGCCUCAUCCUGUUGAUGGGCCGGGUCUACACUGCAUUAGCUGAGCAGCUCACUAAAUGGGAGAUGCACAGAACACAAACCCAGUACGACAACGCCUUCAUCUUCAAGGUGUUCAUCUUCCAGUUUGUCAACUUCUACUCUUCUCCUUUCUACGUGGCUUUCUUUAAAGGAAGGUUUGUGGGUUAUCCCACCAACUAUGGGACCUUGUUUGGGAUGAGAAAUGAAGAUUGUGGUCCUGGUGGUUGUCUCAUCGAACUGGCCGAACAACUCUUCAUCAUCAUGGUGGGAAAGCAACUCAUCAACAACAUUCAGGAGUUCAUUAUCCCGAAAGUGAAGGCCUGGCGCCAGAAGAGAACUCUGGCCAAGGUGCUGGGGGACAAGGCGUCCCGGGAGCCUCGGCGGUGGGAGGAAGACUACCAGCUGGUGGAAUGUGAAGGCCUCUUUGAGGAGUAUCUGGAGAUGGUGCUCCAGUUCGGGUUCAUCACCAUCUUCGUGGCGGCGUUCCCCCUCGCCCCACUCUUCGCCCUCCUCAACAACUGGGUGGAAAUCCGUCUGGACGCCCACAAGUUUGUGUGCGAGUACCGGAGGCCGGUGGCCGAGCGCGCCCAGAACAUCGGAGUCUGGUUCAACAUACUGGAAGCCCUGUCGCACCUGUCCGUCAUCGCCAAUGCUUUUCUGAUCGCGUUCACGUCUGAUUUUUUACCUCGACUGCUCUACCAGUACAAGUUCGAUAAUGACCUCAACGGAUACGUCAACUUUACCUUGGCCCAUGCCCCCCUUAACUACACCGAGUACCCCAUGUGCAGAUAUAAAGCUUACAGAGACAACAAUGGAAACUACACACUGUUCUACUGGGAGCUCCUUGCUGUCAGACUCGGCUUCAUCAUUGCCUUUGAGCAUGUGGUGUUCUUUGUGCUGCGAGCCAUCGACUGGAUCGUACCUGACGUCCCCGAGUCCCUGGAGCUGAAGAUCAAGAGGGAGCGCUACCUGGCCAAGCAAGCUCUGGCUGAAAACCAAGAGGCCCUGUUGCAAGUGACGCGUCCUUUGGAAACAUGAGUUAGGACUCUAUCGUGGAAGAGGAGCGGUGGGAGGGAAAUUAAAGACACACCUUUAUAUCUGGAAUAACAAUGAAUGAACUUCUUCCCUGAGUGGAAUACCGCCUGACACCGGGAUUCUUUAUUAUUUUACUAACGCAUACUGCUGCACAGACGUUAUGAUAAACAGGUAUGUAAUGGAGGCUGAGACUCAGUUUAAUCACCUUUUCAUUUUCAGGCAGACUCACUCAAAGUCCACUUAUAUUCACGCUAGGCCUACACAAGUUACAUCUUCACAAUCUGACCUACAGCCUGAGCAAACUAACACAUCUUUAAAAAUGUGAUUAACAUAUUGAUAAAUUGAUAAUUACCCGUUUACUUCAGCAUUAUCGCAGUAUGAUGUUACUGGGACAUUUAUUUGUUUUUGUUUUUUUGUCUGAAAUUUAAAGGUAAAGCUAAAAGUAAGAGGCACAGUAUCGACUCUAAAUCCAUAUCAGUGCGUUGUGUUUGUGACUGGUUAACUGAAGUUGCAGCAUGUAUUGUUAAUGCUACUAUCGUCAGGUUUCAACACAGCAGCGUGAGUCAGAUUUGUCCCAAGGUGAACUAGAAAGCGUGGACCCAAGACCCUGAUUGGUCCCACUGGGGUUCAGGUUUGUCCAGUGACCUCUACUACCCCUCGCAUCACAGUGAAUACCGUAAUGUUAAAUCGAUGUUAUGUGUUUUUAAAGACAUUAAAGGGGCACUCUGCACUGGGGAGGGGGCAAUACAGCAGAGGCUGAGGCAUCCUGACGUUUAGUGUGGGUCAAACUCCAAAAACAUUUCCCAUAAGGCCAUGUGUCCAUGUAGUGUUUUUCUCUGACAGAAAAGAGCUGGCAGGUCUCUGGGAAUAAUGUCCCGACAACAUAUCACCACUGCUGUUAUAUGAUAGAGCAGCAUCGGCCCUUUGCAUUUUAUUACUAUUUGUUUGAUAUUGUUUUUUCACCAUGAGCUCCAACCAGAGGAUGCUCGCCCUCAUAGUUUGUAUGGAUGAGCUGCAGAGCGAGGAGGAUGUGGGUGCAUGACUAAACGUCAUGAUAAAAGCACAACACCAACCAGCACAGAUGAGCCUUUCUGUCUUCGUUGUGAUCGUUACAUCUCGGGCCAGACGGGCACGCCCACAACAGGCUUCUCCUCCAUUUUCUUGUUUACAAGGGCAGCGAGACUCACCGAGUCUCACCCCAUCUGAUUGGUUAACAGGGACAAAAGGAAGCUACUGGGCUUACUUCAGGCACACUUCCACAAAGCCAAGGGUAUACAGUAGUUUAAAUGCAUUUAUUGUGUUAGCUCAUAUCAGAGAGACAGUUUUCAUAUAAUAUAUAACAAGUAGGCUGUGUAAACAACAAGAUAUUAGUUACAAUAAUCAUUAUAAUCAAUAAAAAGAUAGAAGGAUAAAAAGGAUACCAAUGGUCUGAAAUCUAUUUCCUCAUUAAGACGUGGAUACACCAAAGCAUCACAUUUAAAAAUCCAAUAAUAGUAACACUCACAUAUGCUCCGUCUUCACUGCAAACAAUUGAAAAAAGAUGCUAGCACUCAAGAAAAAAAAAACACGCUACAUGGACACACGCCCUGAUUCAACCUGAAAAGAUUUUAAUAAAGUGGGAGGAGUUUAUUUUUGUGAAUCUGAGGAUCCAGAGGUAAAAGUUUGAUCUGGUUACAAACCUGUGGAGAGAAAAAACUCACAAGGUUCAUUUUGGAAGGGAACCAUAAGUGAUAAAAAACAAAUUCACUUUCAAAUUCAGAAUCAAUUUCAGAUGAAUUUGUUAACUAUGGUGCCUUGUUGUGUUCCCAACGACAACAGGGAUCAGUGUUUUGAAUUUGCUAACUAACUGGGUUCUUCUCCGUAGUGACAGUGGGUCUCAGAAACAUCUGUGGUGCUGCUCUCACUUGACUGUUAGCAGCUUGAUCAGACUCUCGCUGCUCGGUAAAUGUUUUUCAGGCUCCAGUUUGUAGCACAGUCUCUUUGUCAGUGGAGUGCUCCUUUAAUCUGAGUUUAAAUAGUGUUUUAUUUUUCCCUUAUGAUGACCACUGAUGUGAGGUUUAAGUACACGGCUGUUACAAACACCGCACUUUUGUUUUUUUAAGCUGAUUUUCAAUAGGCUGUGGUUGUGAGACAGAUGUGUUAUUAUUACAUAGAUUAUCUGUUGUCUUCACUAUGGGAUAAAAAAAACCAAAAAAAACCUCUGCAGACAUACACUACACCCGCAUCUGAAAUGUAUGCAAUAUGUCCAUGCAAUGCACAUAUACUGUACAUGUUUACUGUCCAUGAAUGCUGAGCAUGCCUGUCUUUUUACUUGAAUCUGCACAGUGUUCAUGUGGAGGAUUUCAGAGAGCUGCUAAUGUACAGAACAGGAGUGAAACAGCACCUCGAUGUGAUACGUAUUUUGUGUGUGAGCUGUUUUGCGUUUCGAUCUUUUAGAACAAAAUAAAUCCAGUUUGAUGAA